AUGGCGUCCAGCAUAGAUGCCAAACUACUCAAACAGACCAAGUUCCCUCCCGAGUUCAGUCGGAAGGUGGACAUGAAGAAGGUCAAUAUUGAGGUUAUGAAGAAAUGGAUUGCUGGAAAGAUCUCUGAAAUACUUGGAAACGAGGACGACGUCGUUAUCGAGCUCUGUUUUAACUUAUUAGAAGGCUCUCGAUUCCCUGAUAUCAAGUCUUUACAAAUUCAGCUUACGGGCUUUCUGGACAAAGAUACAGCCAAGUUCUGUAAAGACCUCUGGUCAUUAUGUCUCAGCGCUCAAGAAAACCCCCAAGGCGUCCCGAAGGAGCUCCUGGAAGCCAAGAAGCUUGAACUCAUACAAGAGAAGAUUGAGGCGGAGAAAGCAGCGGAAGAAGCUCGCCGCAAGAAGGAGCAAGAGCAAGCGCGCGAAAGGGAGCUGGAAGAAAUCCGGCGAAGAGAACGCUUCGAUCGCAAUCGGGGCAGGCGCGGUGGUGGUCGUGGGGGCCGAGACUUCGAUAGACGACCAUACAGGGACAAUCGAUCGCCACCCAGGCGACGAAGCCGCGAGCGAUUUCGUGAUCCACCCUCAAGACGAGAGUUUGAUUCUUACGUUCCCUCAGGUUCACGCCGGGGCCGUCGGCCGUCAAGGUCGCCGGGCGCCUCUCCCUCCCGCUCUCGUUCCGUUUCCUCAUCUCGAUCCCCACCUCGUCGACGCCUACCAAACAGAGACAGAUACCGGGAUAAACGUCGCCGCUCGGCGAGUGGCUCCGUCUCUCCAGAAAGAGGAGACCACAGGAGACCGAGAAGACGCAGUCCAGACUACGGUGAUCGAGCUAGAUCCAUUUCCCGCAGUGAUUCAUCGCGCUCACGUACUCCCAGAAGAGACCGAAGGAGACGAAAAUCUGUCUCUUCGCGCAGUUCAUCUCGUUCACCUGCUCCCCGAGACCGGCGCAAAGGGGACGACCGAUCCCGUUCCAGGUCAAGGUCUAGGUCGCGAGUCCCGGAUGAGAAGAGCAACAGACGGAGGGGAUCCUCACCUCAUACCUCAAGAGCUGACAAGAAUGAACCAACCGCUGAUUCUGCAAAGGCCCGCAAGUCCCGUGAUGAUCGCCGUUUGAGUCGCAGCAGAGAUCGCGAUGAUGAGCCUAGACGACGGCGCUCAACCAAGAGUGUCAGCCGUAGCCGCAGCCGCAGUCGAGGCCGUUCUCGCACUGGCAGCGUCAGUCCCAGGCGUGCUUCUCGCAGUCGCAGCCGCAGUCAUGCAAGAGAAAGGAAGCGACGUCGCUCUAUUGAGAGAUAUGCCCCUGCUGCCCGAAGACGGCGCAACACCUCUUCUGUAUCUACACAUACUGAGAAACGACAGAGGAUGGCCGAUCCAACCGAGGAAUCCGCAAAGCGGUCGUCUCCACCGCCUGAGCAGCCGAGCUCGACAGAUCACGAGACGAGGGAGACUGAAGAGACUAUCCAUUCAAAACCGUAUCAGCCGCGCAUAUCGGGCACGGAGUUGCGCGAGAAGCUUCUCCGCGAAAAGCUAGUUGCAAUGCGCCGUACUGCCUCUCAUGACAAGGUAGGUGGCAAUACGACAGCGUCCAAGUAG